AUGCAAACUCUCAUCUUCCCUGAAAACUCUUACUAUAAGCCCAUAAAGGAUAUCAUUGAGGAAAACCCAGAGGAGAAUCCCUAUGGCCAGAAGCCGGAUGCAUUUGCACAGGAUGUUCUACAACGAGUUGAGAGGGGGGCGCUAGCUAUCUUCGCACAACCUUGGGACCUCUCCUACUUUCAAAGGUCAUACGGAAAGCCUGCUUCUCGUGACAACUCGCUAUUCCAGGCCAAAUUUCAGAUGGGCAGCUAA